UAGGUAGGCCGCAGAUGUAUGACGUUUGGAGUUGUCACUGCAUGAAAGAAAGAAUAAUCUGUUUUCAUGUGGGUCAACUUUGAAAGGGUUGUGUCAAAAGUGCUAAGAAUUUACUUUCUCAAAAAAGUGCUAAGAGUUUUUUUGUCUUUUAUAUGUUUUAAAAAUUUUCUUUAUCCUUUUUUUUUUUUUUUUUCUUCUAGUCGCUACAUUUACCUUUUUAAAGUAGGGGACCUUCACUAAUGAUUUAACACAACAACCAAUAAAGUGUCAAUUAUUUUACAUAAAAUAUUCUAGUUAUUACUUACUACUACUGAAGAAGGACCACACAUUAAAAGAUUAAAAAAACACCAAGAUUCUUUUGAUAAAAUCAAUGGCUAAAGGCUGCGUCAACUUCAAAUAAUGACACAAAUCAAAUGAAAUAAGUAGAUAUCUUGUGUAUUUUUAUUUUUUUUUCAAGUCAAUAUUGUCACCUAAAAUAAUUAUAAAUUAAAGCUACUGCCUUCGAUUGAUUCAUAUAUUAUAUUCUAGCUUCCCACAACUACUAUCAUGAUUAUUGCUAACAAGAAUUAUUUGAAGACUCUUAUCGAACGCAUUUUUGAAUUUAAAAUUUUUUAGAAAUUAAAAAAUGCUUACGUAUGCUAUGAUGUGAAUGACUAUAUAAUCUGUUUUCUUCGUUGUAACUUCCAAAUUAAAAUUAAAAAAAAUGGAGAUAAUUUUUUAUUUCCUAUUUUGUCCUUAUGUGUUUCUCUGUCGUAAUCACUACCAUAUUACCAAAAAAAAAAAGUUAUAUAUAAUUGUUUCUUCUCAAAAUUCUUAUUACUAAUAAUAACCGAAAGAAAAAAAAAAUCUGUUUUACGUAUUUCCGUAAUUGAUAAUUGUACAAUCUCACCAUGUCGGUUUGUACUCGCCGGAUAAUCACCGGCGAAUUGUCGUCGCCGAUAGCAAGGUAUCAUAUUCCGGUAACAAAACUUCCAGCUGUCCGGUCACCGGAUUAUCUCUCUUCCACAUCUGUUCGUCAUUUCAUAAGCAAUACUCGCCGGCCGAACUCAAUCGUUAGCAGAUCAAGGAGAACGAAAUUCUACGUAAUUGCGGUAGCGGAAUCGACCGGUGUGUUCCGCCGCGGCGGACGCGAUGGCGGAGAGAAUGGGGAAUGGAGGACGAGGAGGAGGUGUGCGGUGGGAGAUCAAGUUGUGGAGAUUAAUGAGAACCGGAAAAGUAGUAAUCGACUGGCGGAGGUGGCGGUUGCAGCGACGGCUACGGUGGUGCUAGGUGUAGGGAAUCGCGUGCUUUACAAGUUGGCGUUAGUGCCUUUGAAGAACUAUCCUUUCUUCUUGGCUCAACUUGCCACUUUCGGAUAUGUACUCAUAUACUUCUCUAUCUUAUACGUACGGUAUCAUACUGGCAAGGUUACUGAUGAAAUGCUUUCCCUUCCAAAAAUUCCAUAUGUUGCUGUUGGUCUAUUAGAGGCUCUUGCUGCUGCGUCUGGCAUGGCAGCUGGAGCUAUUCUUUCCGGGGCCACAAUUCCAGUACUCUCACAGAGCUUUCUUGUCUGGCAACUUCUCCUGUCUUUUAUUUUCCUUGGAAGAAGAUAUAGUCUCAACCAGUUGUUUGGGUGCUUUCUCGUGUCUGUUGGUGUUAUAGUAACUGUAGCAAGUGGAUCUAGUGCUGGUUCUUUGAUGGAAGGUGGUGUAUUUUGGAGUCUUUUGAUGAUAGUUUCUUUUUUGUUACAAGCUGCGGAUACUGUCUUGAAGGAAGUAAUAUUCCUGGAUGCUGCUAAAAGGCUGAAGGGAGGUACUGUUGAUCUGUUUGUUGUGAACUCUUUUGGAUCCGCUUACCAGGCAGUUUUUAUAUGCCUUCUUCUCCCAUUUUUGUCGAAGUUAUGGGGUGUUCCAUUUACUCAACUGCCAAAUUAUCUUAGAGAUGGUGCUGCAUGCUUUUUGAACAUUGGCACAUUAUCCGGUGGGUGUGCUGGUGCACCUCUUCUACCGCUUCUGUUUAUCAUUGUCAACAUGGGUUAUAAUAUAUCAUUGUUACAUCUGCUUAAGAUCUCCUCUGCUGUGCUAUCUUGUCUCGCAUCUACAGUUUCAGUACCAAUAUCAGUCUUUUUAUUCACAUUACCAUUACCAUAUCUUGGCGUUGCGUCCUCCCUCCCACCUGGUUUCAUUUCAGGAGCCAUCAUCCUCGUCAUAGGAAUGCUUGUCUAUACUUGGAGGCCAUCAAGUCACCUAAAAAGUCAGGAAGUUGAUUGCCACUGUUAACUGCUUGUCUAUACUUGGAGGCCAUCAAAUCGCCUAAAAAAUCAGGAAAUUGAUUGCGACUGUUAACUUCCGUCCCUUGUCACAUUUGAGAAUGAAGAUAGGACACCAUUCUCCAACUUCCACAAGAAGUAAACGAGGGAUCAAGACAUGCAUGGUGAAUUGUUUUUCAGUAGCCUUUCAAACCACUGAAAAUCGUUAUCAAUCAAUGGAGGUUUGACAGGAUUAUUGCUCAAAUCCAUUGCUCUUUUAAAAUGCAUGGAGUCUGUACCAUUCAUGUCCUUAUGAAUUUGUUGCGAUGCCAGAGUAAAGUUGGUUGCUAUAUAUCUAGAAGUACAGAAACAGGGGCUGAAGUAGAAGCUCAGAUACGGGUGCAGCCAAACCCACUAGUUUUUUUGCUCGUGUAUUUGUGUUACAAAAUUCAUUGAAUAUAAACACAUAAAAUUUUGGACCGGUUAUUAGCGCUUGAAGUUGUUGUCCUAAAAUUCAGCUAAAAUUCAGCUUUUUGGUUGUUCUGCUGUUGUAAUUUUGUACUGUUAAUAUUCUAGUAGGAUUUUACUUAAAAACUUGUGUUUUAUAGCGACAUUCUAGAGGUUUUGACAAACUGUAUAUGGUUAUUCUGGCUGAACUAAUCCACAGGUGCUGUUAAAGGCUCUUCAAAGUUA